AUGGUACAAUUACCGGGAGGAACUAAUGAUUCAGUUACUUCGCCAUCAGACGGAGACAAUGAGCUAUGUGCAGAAACUAGAUCAGCCCCUGGAGAUUUAGCUCUUCCAGCGUCAUCAGACGGUUUAGAUAGGCAAGACAAUUACGCUACGCCUUGUUCAUCGACUCUGCCACCGUUUGGUGAUAGUAUCCCCUCUUCUCAAACUGCAAGUAGCAGACCUGUUGGCCAUUACAGAAAUAUAAAUAAUGGCUUCGCAUCGGGUCCUCCGUGGCCGACUCCAAAACGGGAAAAAUCAUGGGCAACCGUUAGGGUCUGGCAAAAACAGCAGCAGAUACAAGCAAUUGAGAAGGAAAUUAAUGUUAUGGCCAAUGAAACUUUAGUUGGAAUACGAAAGUGGAGGCCGUUAUGGUUGCAGAGGUUUAGUUCACUGAAAUGGAUGUUAUUUUGGCUGUGUUGGUAUUGCGCUAUCCAAGGUUUACUUGUCAAUGGUCUGGUGCCUUCUGCAAUCACCAGCAUUGAAACGAGAUUUCAAUUUACUUCUUCAACCAUUGGAAGGAUAAUGCAGUUUUAUGAUUUUGGUUACGUCUUGUUCUGCAUACCUGUUUCGUACUUCGGAGGGCGUCACUCAAAGCCUGUGGUGCUUGCUAUGGGAUUGAUUUUUAUGGCUGCCGGUAGUUUUAUAUUUACGCUUCCACAUACUAUAUCGGAAUCUUAUACCUCGUCUUAUCAUGCGGACGAGCUGAGUCAUAGCAGGUGUGAAACGGGUUAUUUAGAGGGUAUACAAAAUGGAUCUGGUAUUUUAUCAGUAUCAAAAGCAAGUGCUGAAGCCUUAAAAAGUUGUCCCUCUCCAGAAAAUCAGCCUGGUUCAUUUCGUUACGUAUUUUUGUUCUGCCUCGCCCAUUUUCUUCAUGGAAUAGCAGCUACUCCACUCUUCACUUUAGGAGUUAGCUACAUUGAUGAAAACGUUGGGCCAGCUCUUUCUUCUCUUUAUUUAGGGAUAUUUUAUGCUUUUGCAAUAUUUGGCCCCGCUUUUGGUUUCUUGAUGCAGAGCUCUUUUUUGCGCUAUCAUACAGAUUUUCUCCAAGUGGAAUACGAUAAAAUUCGAUUAAAGGAUGAAAUGGAUCCAAAAUGGGUAGGGGCGUGGUGGGUUGGUUUUAUAAUUGCUAGUGCUUUGGCUCUCGCAGCUGUUUUUCCGGUGUUAAGCUUGCCAAAAGUACUUCCAGAAUCGCUCCAGUGGCACCGAACUCGUCUUCAUGAGGAAUCUAUGCUGGGAACUAAAAGACGCACACCUGAGUGUUGUGGGAUUCCGUCAACAAGCAAGACUGCGGCGGUUUGUGGGCCACUGCUGACAAGCAAUCCCGAUGAGAAGGCAAAUGUCCCAACAGUAACAAUAGGCGAUUCUAUGCCAGCAUUACAAAAUAACCGUGGUCCUAUAUGGUAUCAUAUUUGGCUUGAUGUACGACAUAUACCUAUAUCAAUUUAUCGAAUCUUAUGCAGCAGCAGUUAUAUGCUUAUCACAUUGGCAAUGGCUGUAGAUGGUCUUAUACUGGCUGGUGCGUCGACUUUUAUGUCGAAAUAUUUGGAAAGACAGUUCAGUGUCGCUCCAAGUAAAGCAAAUAUGCUUAUUGGUGGCAUAAUGGUACCUAUGGCAGGCAUGGGAACUGUUUUCAGCGGGUUUAUAGUACAAAGGUUUCGGUUGAGCUGUGUCAAAACUUUGAAAUUUUCCAUAACAUUAUUUUUCUUUUCUUUGUUACUUUCUCCAAUGUAUCUGGUAUACUGUGAUCACGACCAGUUAGCUGGCAUUGAAACGCAUUAUCCAGUAGAUGAUUUGCAAAAUUUAUUGAUAAAAAAUUGGACGGAGUUUGAACCAAUGCUCAAAUCAACGUGUAAUAAACGUUGUGAUUGUGUUGAGACUGAGUAUCAUCCGGUGUGCGCAGAAUUAACUUCUGGGAAACAAAUCGCGUUCUUUUCUCCUUGUUUCGCUGGAUGCGAAGAAAAAUACGAUUCGAAAAAUAAGCAAUAUAGCAACUGUUCUUGUGUGCCUGAAAACACGAAACACGGGUAUAGGACUGUAAAACGU